AUGCGUCUGAUAUGUGCGAGAGAGGAUGAGGAUUGGCGUGUUUUGCAUGGAGGUGUGUUUGGAGGCGCGGUGCUGCGUGUGGGAGUGUACAGCAUCGCGGGUGUGAGGCUGGGAGCUGAGGCGUUUGCUAUCGUAAGAUUAGAUGAUUAUGCUUAUACUGCGUCCUGCGUAGCGAUACCGAACAUGAGAUCGAGUGUUGCACGACGUGGUGGUGGUCGACGGGGUACAAACUUCAAGCUUCAAGCCUCCCAACUGCGUGUUCAAACACACCGAACCUUGAACUCUAAAAGGGGCUUCCCCUCCGUAAUCAGCAUCUGGUUACAGGUUUCAGGGCCUUCUCCACCGGCCCAUGCUACGGCCACGGCCGCGGCCACUGCCACUGCCUCUGACGGCUUGCGACGCGAAUCUCGAUUCUGGAACCGCAGUGGAAGCAUCAAGCCUUCAUCCGCAAAGGAGAUCGUACAACCUGGCAGGAUUAGGCGCCUGGUUGAGGGAGAUCGUCAGGAACUAGAUGUGACGUUCGUUUCGCAGUGCGGAGCAUUGUGCCACAGACGAUCUAUGCGGGGAGUACCAGAGUGCCAUUCGUUUAAAAGGGGGCCGUUGGUUUGUUUGUGGUUUGUGGAUUUCGGUGGUGGAGGAUGGGGAGGAGGCGCAGUGCCUCGUCAAGACGUGUUUAGAGAGUCGAAGAAAGAGUCUCAAGAGAAACAGUAA